AUGGCUGACGCAAGCGCCUCAAAGGUGUUUAGAGUGUUUUCCCCACUUCUUCGUUUGCAUUUAAAACGUCAUCUCACACUCCCUUGUUUCAGGAAAAGUCGAACGAACCUAUAAAUCUAACCGUGCACGGACAAGAUGGAUCUGUUAUCCACUUUAAGAUUAAGCGAACGACUCCCCUUAAAAAACUGAUGACAGCCUACUGUGACCGGCUGGUACGUGAAGCCGCUUUUCUGAUGUCUUACCAUCUUAGGGGUUGACCUUGUCCAAUGUCCGUUUUACGUGUGACGGCGAACAUGUACAGCAGGAGGAUACUCCUGAAUCGGUUGGUUUUUAUUCGUGUCAUAAUUAUUUUCUAGCUGGAUCUUAACGACCAUGAUACGAUUGAGGUUUUCCAGACACAAACGGGAGGACUGUGA